GCUUUUGAGACCAAAAAUAUCCAGAGUCACCAGCGGCAGAACCAGGAUUGAAACGAGAGUGAAGUGAACAAUGGUGGCAAUAGAGCAAGCCCUGGUACUAAGGAGGAGCCUCUCCAUCGGUCUUCCAAGAAUCCCAAUCACGAACAACCAAAUCUCACAUCUUUCCGCAAACCCCUUCGCGUCUUCUAACCGUUCAUGCUCUUACUCUCCUGCGCAAAUCAACAAACGCGUGCGCUUCAAUCGGCGCUUGAAGUGCUCCUUCGAUUACAAUCAAGUGUCGUAUCCUAAGCCACCGGAGAUUCCGUGGAAGAAGGAGCUGUGCAACUCGGUAGAACUUAUUGGCAUUGUUGGGAUCCCUGUCGAAAUCAAGCAUCUUCCUUCAGGUAAGGUCCUUGCCUGGACCCGUCUCGGUGUCAGGAAAUCCGCUUCCGAUACUUCCUGGAUCAGUUUAACUUUCUGGGAUGAGAUGGCGCAUGUUGCUUUUCAGCAUAUAGAGAAAGGCCACCAAAUAUAUGUAUCUGGACGUCUGGUUUCAGAUACAGUUGAAAAUGAAGAUGGAAGACAGCUGACAUACUACAAGGUGGUUGUCCAUCAACUGAAUUUUAUUGAAAAAAGUUUCUCUCCACUGUCCUUGAAUGAUCGUGACUCCAAUUCCAUUGCUCCAGAUAGGAGGAUACAGAAUAGUGCUGCAAAUAGUUUUGGUUCUAGUUCAAUAGAAGAAUUAUGGCAAGCUUUUUUCGCAAAUCCCGUGGAUUGGUGGGACAACAGGAACAGCAAGAGGAACCCCAAGUAUCCAGAUUUUAAGCACAAAGAUACUGGAGAAGCUUUGUGGGUUGAAGGCAGGAACAACCCACAUUGGGUAAAAUCCCAACUAGAAAUACUGGAUUCAAGAAUGGGAUCUCUUCAUGAUCAGGACAGUAGAAUGUAUGCUAAUGAUUUGAUGCCUUUGUAAUAUCUUCCACUGUUAAUCAAACGAUACGGGUGGGGUAAAGAGUCUUUGUAUGGUUCCUGGCUUCCUGCUUCUUUACAGAAAUGGUGUUGGGGAGAAAUACAAUAUUAGCUCUUACCUCGAAUCUUCAUGAUCUGUAUUCAGUUAGAAGCUUUGUAUUUUUUUUUUUAUUUUGCCUUUGUCAACCUUUCGGAGUUGUAUGGUGUGAGUGUGACUGCUUGUGGUUUGAACUAUUAUGGAGAUCUUUUGUCAUA